CAACCCUUACAUGUGUCUCUGCCUUGGAAAUUUUGAUUAAAAGUGAAGAGAUAAAUAAUCGCAAUUAGUAUUGAACGUGUGGACCGUGAAUUAUCCAAUUAAAGGCCAUAAACUAAUUUACGUGACAAAAACAUUACUCCCGAAGAAGCCCAAAUUGACGACAGGCGUUAGUGGCGAUUGGCGAUGGCAGCUCCUGCGGUGGAGGCAACCGUCGCAAGUGCUCUCCGCUCUGUGAUUCUUAGAGCUCGUAAGGCGGCGGAGCAAGUAGGAAGAGAUCCCGAGCGGGUCAGGGUCCUUCCAGUCUCCAAGACUAAACCCGUCUCACUUAUCCGCCAAAUCUACGACGCAGGUCACCGUUGCUUCGGCGAGAAUUACGUUCAAGAAAUCAUCGAUAAAGCUCCACAGCUUCCGGAAGAUAUAGAGUGGCAUUUCGUGGGGCAUUUACAGAGCAACAAAGCCAAAACGCUAUUGACUGGAGUCCCAAAUUUGGCAAUGGUUCAUGGUGUGGAUGGAGAAAAGGUAGCAAAUCAUCUAGAUCGAGCUGUUUCAAAUCUUGGGAGACAUCCACUAAAGGUUUUGGUCCAAGUGAACACAAGCGGAGAAGUUUCUAAAUCUGGAAUCGAACCUUCUAGCGUUGUAGAGCUAGCAAGACAUGUGAAACAUCACUGUCCAAAUCUGGUAUUCUCCGGAUUAAUGACUAUUGGGAUGCCUGAUUAUACGUCUACCCCAGAGAACUUCAGGACACUUUCAAACUGUAGAGCUGAUGUAUGCAAGGCACUUGGAAUGGCUGAGGAUCAAUUUGAACUGUCCAUGGGCAUGUCUGGUGACUUCGAGCUAGCGAUUGAGAUGGGAAGCACCAAUGUGAGGGUUGGUUCCACCAUUUUCGGACCAAGAGAGUACCCCAAGAAAACAACUUAGCUACUAUGCUCAAACACUUGUUGUAAAAUUCAUGUAUAAUGUUAUUUUGUCGAUUAUUUUAAACAAUUUUAUUCUUCAUUGAUAAACUUAGGUGUAUUCACAAAGUUACUUUAUAGAAAAUUAGAAAUCAAUACAUUGUUAAGGGCUUUGUAACUGAGUUGAAUAUUUGUAACAGCAGAUAUCGCAUUUUGAUACUUGUCCUCUCGAAAUUGAUGUUUACUGACGCACGAUUAUUGGG